AAGAAGGCUGCUAAUAAGAGACAGAGAGGAGCCCAGAAGAACUGCUCCAAUGUCUUCUCCAUGUUCGAACAGUGUCAGAUACAGGAGUUCAAGGAGGCUUUCGGCUGUAUUGACCAAGACAGAGAUGGUGUGAUCAAAAAACAGGACCUGAGAGAAACCUAUGGACAGCUAGGGAAGCUGAACGUUAAGGAUGUGGAACUGGAUGAGAUGUUGAACGAGGGGAAGGGUCCCAUCAACUUUGCUGUGUUCCUCACUCUAUUUGGAGAGAAACUCAACGGCACAGACCCCGAGGACACCAUCCUCGCUGCCUUCAAGCUCUUCGACCCAAACGGCACAGGUUUCGUCAACAAGGAUGAGUUUAAACGGUUACUGAUGAACCAGGUGGAUAAAUUCACAGCAGAGGAGGUGGACCAGGCGUUCUCUGUGGCGCCAAUUGACGUGGCCGGCAACAUCGAUUACAAGUCCAUCAUCACCCACGGAGACGAGAAGGAGGAGUCCUAA